UGCAUUAAAUAUACCUACAGACUUAUAAAUGUAACCUUGAGAACGAUCGCCGUCCAAUCGGAAUGUCAUGUUGACAUAACAACAUCAACUGUUUUGAUAAGUGUUAUCACGAUAUUAUUACAUAAAAAAAGUUAUUCAAACGUCUGAAAUGGCCGAAAACCGUGCAAUUCUCUACGCUUUCUGGCUGUCAUCAUGCUCGUGGCGGGUGCGAGCAGCUCUGCAUCUUAAAGGCAUUCCUUUCGAGGAGCGUUCUAUUGACAUCGUGAAGACCAACCAGCAGCAAACUGAACAGUUCCGAGCCAUCAAUCCUGCGCAGAAAGUACCUGCUUUAGUGAUAGACAAUGUGACACUGGUGGAGUCCAUGGCCAUCGUGCAGUACCUGGAGGAUACUCGUCCUGAACCAGCCCUCACUCCGAAGACUCCAGUGCUGAGGGCUAGAAUGAGGGAACUCGUUGAGGUGGUAGUGUCCGGCAUCCAGCCUCUACAGAAUAACGGUCUGCAAUCCCAAUUCCCCACGACAGAACAAUACACCAAGUUCACAAGAUACUGGACCGAUCGUGGCCUGCAGACUUUGGAGGACCUCCUGCAGAAAUCUGCUGGAGAAUAUUGCGUCGGAGACCAGAUCACGUUGGCUGAUUUAUGUCUGGUGCCUCAAGUGUACAAUGCUGUCGGCAGACACGCAUUGGACAUCAGUAAAUACCCAACAGUUUCGAGGCUGUACGAAAAAUUGUUAAAAGAGAAAGUUUUUAAAGAAACUCACCCAAAAGUUAUUAAAUCGAAAAUGUAAAAUACUUAAUAUGUUAUCGGCUUACUCGCGUAACUGUUUGACUAGGAACUCGACUAGUUUCAAGCCAUGCUAGAGGCUCAUAUUAAUGAGCAGCGUUCCGCGAUACACGACGCGGCGAUUGUCGCGCUGCUAUUCAACCCUCAAGUAGCAACGCGACAAUCGCAAAUUCCUCGUCAAACAGUUACGUGAUUAAGCCGAUAACAUAAUAAUUAAUUAAGUAUGUCUCACGAAAAUUACAAUAAAAUGUAAAAUACUUAUUGUAUCGUAGUACAUUAAAGUGUAGUACAGCGCCGCGGCCAUAUUAAUAAUUCAGACACGAAAAUUGUAUAGUACUUUCUCUCCAGUGUGUAUUUAAUCCUAACAACACAAAAUCAGAAAUAACGACUCGGACAGCUUUCCAGAAUAAAUUCAAAGUACAUUUAGACAGCUUCAGUACCCUUAGUACGAGUUUGCUUCACGUUGAAUGAAAACGAAACGAGAACGCGUUCGGCGCUCUGAUUGGUUGGUUCAUUCGUGCCGGCCAAUCAGAGCACCGAACGCGCUACUCGUACUAAGGAUACAGAUGAGGACUUUUGUAAUAAGAUUUUAAUUAAAACAUUAUCAGAGUUUUUCUUACUUUUUGCCAUUUUUUGUUGUAUUUUUAAUUGAGGAAUAUAUAAUAAACCUAUCUAUUUUAUAA